UAAAAGGAAAUCACGUCUAAUACUACAUAUUUAUCAAACUUGGAAGUACAUCACACUAUAAAAAAUGUUAGUUGCUUGAUGUUAUUAAUCAUACAUUACCCACUUAAAGGCUUUACGCACAAUUUCCUCUUUGGAGCUAUCCUUUAUUCUCUUUCAUUCAUUUCAGGAACACCCUCUAUUUACUACUUACCACAAGUUUUAAAAGUUGCUCUUACUAAGCACUGGAGUCUGCAACAUUUUUGCUGUAUGGUAGAUCAGUUUUCUCUACUUAAAAAGUCUUAAACUCUUUGGUGGUUGCAUCGACUAUCGAGUUAUGGCAAUUCACAACGUACCAAUCCCAAGUCGACAGCUGUACAUCGACGGAGAAUGGAGAGAACCAGUCAAGAAGAAGAGGAUACCAAUAAUCAAUCCGGCUACUGAAGACAUCAUCGGUAUAUUACUAGAUGAUUAGCAUACUAUGUUCUUUCUUUGCUUGGGAUUUUCCGGCUGCUACUGCAGAAGAUGUGGAUAUAGCUGUGGAAGCAGCUCGAAGAGCUCUUGCUCGGGAUGAUUGGGGUUCCACAACAGGGGAACAACGCGCAAAAUAUCUCCGUGCUAUUGCUGCUAAGGUACUGGAAAGGAAGUCUGAACUUGCAAUACUUGAAUCACUUGAUUGUGGAAAGACAUUGUUCGAGUCUGCUGCAGAUCUGGAUGAUGUUGCAGCCUGUUUCGAGUACUAUGCAGACCUCGCUGAAGCUCUAGAUUUGAAAAGGAAGACUCCCGUUGAUCUUCAUUUGGAUUCAUUUAAGAGUUAUGUUCUUAGAGAACCUCUCGGUGUUGUGGGACUGAUAACUCCAUGGAAUUAUCCAUUGUUAAUGGCCACAUGGAAAGUUGCCCCGGCUCUGGCUGCAGGUUGUGCAGCAAUACUUAAGCCGUCUGAACUAGCAUCAAUUACAUGUUUGGAGUUGGGUGAGAUCUGUAGAGAAGUCGGUCUUCCUCCUGGUGCCCUUAACAUUCUAACAGGAUUGGGGCCUGAAGCUGGAGCUCCUUUGUCAUCUCAUCCUCACGUGGACAAGAUUUCAUUUACAGGAAGUGCCGCUACAGGGGCUAAGGUCAUGACUGCUGCAGCUCAACUUGUUAAACCAGUUACUCUUGAGCUUGGCGGAAAAAGUCCAAUAGUUGUGUUUGAUGAUAUCGAUAACCUUGACAUAGCUGUUGAGUGGACUCUUUUUGGUUGCUUUGCGAACGCUGGUCAAGUUUGCACUGCAACAUCACGUCUUAUAAUACAGGAAAGCAUUGCUUCUGCAUUUUUGGACCGGCUGAUUCUUUGGACAAAAAACAUCAAGAUCUCUGAUCCCUUGGAAGAAGACUGCAAGCUUGGUCCCAUCGUUAGUUCUGCCCAGUAUGAGAAAGUAAUGAAGUUCAUCUCAAAUGCCAAAAAUGAAGGUGCAACCAUUCUUUAUGGUGGCGAACGGCCUCAGCACUUGAAGAAAGGAUAUUAUGUUCAGCCAACAAUUAUUACUGAUGUUAAUACCUCCAUGGAAAUUUGGAAAGAGGAAGUAUUUGGACCUGUUCUUUGUGUCAGAACAUUCAAAACUGAACAAGAAGCCAUUGAACUAGCCAAUGACACCGAGUAUGGUUUGGCUUCUGCUAUUAUGUCAAAAGAUGCUGGAAGGUGUGAGAGGUUUACAAAGGCUUUCCAGACAGGGAUCAUAUGGAUUAACUGUUCACAGCCAUCUUUUUGUCAGCUUCCAUUUGGUGGUAAAAAGCGUAGUGGUUUUGGACGUGAUCUAGGGGAGAUGGGUCUUGAAAAGUACUUGAACAUUAAGCAGGUGACAGAGUAUACUUGCGAUGAUGCAUGGGCUUUUUACAAGUCACCUUCAAAGAACUAGUGAAAGGCUAGUCUAUUAUUGUUUCCUUUGCUCGUUAAUCAAUAAACAGUUGUAAUAAACCUUAAUCAAUGGUGAAAACUCAAAAAAUAUCUUCUGUCGAAGUAACAUUUCUAUUC